AUGGCCAUUGCUUACUACAGAGCAUAUCAGAUCUCUCAGGAGACAGUGCUCUUGCCCUCACGGACCAGCAGCCUCAUGGGUGAGCUCCCUUCAGUACACCACUCUGCUGUUGCCACUAAUGCCUCAGUCCUCUCGCCAUUGCACCCCUCCCCCUCUUCGGGUCGACUGCUCUGCUGGGUGUUGACCUCACCCCAGACUCUGUGGACCAGAGCUAAACACAUAGUGAACACCUGGGGGCCUCGCUGUGACACACUGCUCUUCAUGAGCUCUAAGCCGGACCUCCUGUUCCCUGGGACCGUGCUGGCUCUGGCAACAGAGGAGGGACGGGCCAACCUGUACAAUAAGACCAUGGCCGCUUUCAACUUACUGCAUGACGGUUACCUAGACAAGGCUGACUGGUUCCUCAAAGCUGAUGAUGACACCUAUGUAAUUGUGGAAAACUUGCGUCUGCUCCUGUCUCGGUUCAGCCCAGACAAGCCUGUGUAUCUGGGCAGACGUUUUCGCCGCUUUGUCCAUCAAGGCUACAUGAGUGGUGGUGCUGGCUAUGUACUGAGUCGCGAGUCUGUGAGACGCUACGUCAGGGCCCUGCACCAUGGAACCUGCACCAAGUCCACCUCUGCAGAGGACCUACUGCUGGGCUUCUGCCUCCAGAAGCUGGGAGUCCCGGCAGGGGACUCUAGAGACCACCAACACAGGGAAACCUUCCACCCCCUGUGGCUGGGUAAACUUCUCUGUACUGAAGACAUACUGCCCAAAUGGUUCCACCAGUACAACUAUUACCCUUCCAAAGUGGGUCCAGACUGUUGCUCCAAUUCAUCUGUAUCCUUCCAUUACGUUGAGCCAGUCAGAAUGUACAUGCUAGAUUACUUCCUGUACCAUCUCAGUCCAGUGGGUGGCCACAGCCCAAAGCUGGGUGAGACCAGAGAGGAAUAA